AUGGACCUGUCAUCGUUAUUGCUUUGUGUAUUGUUGGAAGUCCUGGCUGUAAACUGUCAACUGGAGCGGAUAGUGGGAGGAUAUGCACCAGUUCCACAUUCAAUCAAGUACAUCGUGUCGAUACAGACAACACAGCGUCAGCAUUUAUGUGGGGGCUCCUUGUUAAAUAAGUACUGGGCACUCACAGCGGCGCACUGUAACAUUGGGGUAAAUAAUAUGAUGAUAGUAGCAGGAGACUACUCUCUGACAAUCUUUGAGGGCACAGAGCAAGAAAUCCUGCCCCAACUUUUGAUUCCCCACCCUGAGUACAACAGCACCACCACCAACAAUGACAUCAUGCUUAUAAAGCUGAAGGCUCCGGUUUAUCUGAACAGCUACGUGUCCAUCGCUCUGCUACCCCGGCAGGGCGCCUCUAUAGCGGAGGGCAGACUGUGUCGGGUGUCAGGAUGGGGACGCACCAGCCCCACAGGAGGCCAGAUCCCUGCCACCCUCCGCACUGUCAACCUGCCCAUCGUCUCCACAGAGAAGUGCAACAGCAGCGAGUCCUUUGACGGAAGAAUCACAGAAAACAUGAUCUGUGCUGGUUUCAGUACUGGUGGAAAGGACGCCUGCAAGGGGGACUCUGGGGGUCCACUUGUAUGUGAGGGCCGGGUCUAUGGUUUGGUAUCCUGGGGGCAAGGAUGUGGUGAUCCGCAGUUUCCUGGAGUCUACACUGCUGUGUCCAAGUUCCGCAGGUGGAUAGACAACUCCAUAUUUGGCUACUACAGCAGGUGUAAGAAGAAUUAA